CUAUUAAAUACGACAACAUAGAUGUGUUUGGUUACACAGCCUGGUCACUCCUUGAUGGCUUCGAAUGGCAACAUGCUUACAACAUCAGGCGUGGAUUAUUUUAUGUAGAUUUCAAAAGUGAAAAAAAGGAAAGGAUUCCCAAGUCAUCUGCACUUUAUUAUAAACAAAUCAUACGAGAAAAUGGCUUCUUCCCAAGGGAGCCUACUCCAAGCUUGCAAGCUCAGUUCUCCUGUGACUUCUCCUGGGGUAUCACCGAGUCUGUUCUCAAGGCAGAAUCCGUGGCUUCCUCACCGCAGUUCUGCGAUUCCAGCCUGUACCUCUGGAACGUCACAGGAGAUGGGCUCCUGCACAAAGUUAAAGGGGUGAAGCUAAAAACUCGACCAGCACAGUGCACAGAUUUUGUCAGUAUUAAAAAGCAACUUGACCUCCUGGAAAGAAUGAAAAUCACCCAUUACAGAUUUGCACUUGACUGGUCACUAAUUUUACCCAAUGGAGAUUUAUCCGUGGUCAACAGGCAAGUUCUUAGGUAUUACAGAUGUGUGAUUAGCGAAGUACUGAAACUCAACAUUCAGUCCAUGGUCACCUUAUAUUAUCCAACUCAGGCCUACCUGGGCCUGCCGGGUCCUUUGCUGCAGGCAGGAGGAUGGCUGAACCAGUCUACUGCCUACGCUUUUCAAGACUACGCAGCUUUAUGUUUUCGGGAACUUGGCGAUUUGGUUAAACUUUGGAUUACAAUAAAUGAGCCUAACCGGCUAAGCAAUGUCUACAAUAGGAGUAGCAAUGAUACAUAUCGGGCAGCACACAAUUUAUUAAUAGCACAUGCCAUGGCCUGGAGAAUAUACAAUGAGCAGUACCGGUCCUUUCAGUAUGGCAAAGUGUCCCUGUCCCUGCAUUCGGACUGGGCUGAGCCUGCCAAUCCCUACUUUGAAUCUCAUUCAAAAGCUGCCAACAGGUUUCUUCAAUUUGAAAUAGGCUGGUUUGCCGAUCCCAUAUUUAAGACUGGGGACUAUCCAGCUACUAUGAGGGAAUACAUUGGCUUUAAAAACAGAAAAGGCCUCUCGUACUCUUCAUUGCCAUCUUUCACAAGCGAGGAAAAGCAGCUUGUCAAAGGUGCAGCUGACUUUUACGCACUGAAUCAUUUCACCACCAGAUUUGUGAUUCACGAACCUCAGAAUGGGAGCCAGUAUGAAUUUGAUCGUGACAUUCAAUUUCUGCAGGAUAUCACCUGCCUGAGCUCCCCUUCUCGCUUGGCAGUGGUGCCUUGGGGAGUGCGCAAAGUUCUCAGGUGGAUUAAAAAAACCUACGGUGACAUCGAUAUUUACAUCACAGCAAACGGAAUAGAUGACCAGUCCUUAGACAAUGACGAACUUCGGAAUUAUUACUUGGAAAAAUAUGUACAAGAGGUUUUAAAAGCAUACUACAUUGAUAAAGUCAAAAUUAAAGGCUACUAUGCAUUUAAGCUGACUGAAGAAAAAUCUAAGCCCAGAUUUGGAUUCUUCACUUCAGAUUCAAAAGGAAAGCCUUCAAUAAAAUUUUACAAUCCCUGGAUAAGCAACAACGGCUUUCCUGCUGCCUAUUCAGUCUGCGAUCCCUCCAGCCAAGAAAAGCAGUGUAGCUUCUGCUUGUUUAUUUCUCAGAAGAAGCCGUUGAUAUUCUUUGCCUGCUGCCUUUUCUCUACCCUUAUCUUGCUUUUAACCAUUAUUGUUUUCCACAAAAGAAAAAGAAGAAAACGUUUUAAGUCAAAAAGCAUCCAGUGCAUCUGUGUUUCAUUUUAAAAAGGGGGCACAAGCCCACUUUUGGUGAGAUAGAUCACUGUUUGCAUUCUACGGAGGA